AUGCGAACUAUAUAUAUAUUAUCGGAGGCAAUCUUAUUCUGGGAUCGUAUAUGUCUACUAUGUAUAUAUAAAAUGAAUCCUAUACUCAAAGCUUGCCGCCCGCUUCAAUGUUCUUCUCCCGAUAAUCCUACUCAGAUUGAAGGAAUAAUUGACUGGCAGUCAUCUCAAAUCGCCCCACUAUUUAUACAAGCUUGCUUUCCUGAUUUCCUUCAACCACCCAAAGAUUACAAGCCGGGCACUGAAGCCCCGCAACUGCCAGAGAACUUUGACGAACUAGAACCCGAACAGCAGCAACAGGCCCGCAUUGAUCGAGAUUUAGCAUCUCUUUCUAAAUACUACGAGAUGUCUAGCCUGGUGAAGAAUAAGCGAGUCUAUGAUGCAAUGGGUAUCCCACGGACACUAUGGGAGCCAUUUACAUGCUGUCAGCUAUCAUCUGAUGGCGGGCUAGUUCCUCUUCGUGACUGCUUAGUUCGCUUAGAACAGAGCUGGGUACGCCUGGGUCUGCAUGGGAGCUGCCCCUACACAUUCUCCGAGGAUGACCUGAAAAGAAAUGAAGAAGAAGUGACACAGUAUAAAGACAGGCUUUAUUUAUGGGGACUUGUUAAGAGCCAACUGUCCACUAAUGACGCCGGUUGGGUCGCCUCGGAUCAGUGGGAGGAGGCCCAUGAGGUGAACAGGUAUCUUUAUGACAUGUUUAUUGACACAAUGAGCCAGGAAAUGUCUCAGGAAGAGGCUUUAGAGAAAGGAAAAACAUGGCCGUUCCCUCCUCGAGAUAUAUGA